GUGCCAAACGUAUUGAACUGUGCUGCAAUCUGUCAGAGGGAGGCACAACACCAAGUAUUGGUAGGACAUUGUAUGAUUAUUACUGUAUGUAAGAGAUAAGUAAUGAGCAGUCGCCGGAUCUGUAAAAUACACAUAUGGUUGUUCUUGCCUAUUACAUAAGCAGGGGUGGAAAAAAUAGGCGAGCAGAAAAAUAGGUUGAACAGCUGCUUGAAAUUCGUUUGAGUGAAGAUUUUGCAUUGAAAAUUUGAAGGAAACCUUAACACCCAUGUCCCACUAUGGGCGCAACAACAUGUGGUUGACAGACAUUAUUCCUUGAAUUUAAAACCAUGAUCAGCUGGAACACUAUACGUUUAUGCACAGAUUCAGCACAAAAAUACUCUGUUGGUUUGCAGGUUUUUCUUGCCCUGUACGUAAGCAUGUAUAUUACAUGACGUGCAUAUUACAUGUACAUCGGCUACGAAUGCUUUACAUUUUUUCAAUGAGAUAUUGAUUAAAGCUACGUUUACACGCUGCGAUUUGUCGUGUACGAUUCGUAUUAUGACAUUUACUGCUGACGCCACAAUUCCUUUUCAUUCAGAUUAUGGCAAAAUUUGAAAUGCAACCACUUUACGCAUGCUUAUUUGAUUACAUAGGCCUACGUUAGAAUACGAAUCGUACACAACAAAUCGCAGCGUUUAAAUGUAGUUUAAGGAUUCAUUUCUUUUGAAUUUCAGUUCUUGUUGAAUUAUUUCCAUUUCGUUUAUUUUAUUAAAUUACAAUGGGGGAAAGAAAUGGAAAUUGCAUUGUGAUUUAUAUGUUUGUACUUUUUAGGUUUGUUGAAAGUGAUCAAGUGUAAUGUUUCACUGCCAGUUUUUGUUAUGAUCAGACCAAGAGGUGGAGAUUUCCUCUAUACUGAAGCAGAGUUUGAAGUAAUGAUUGAAGAUUGUGAACAAGUUAUAAAUGCAGGAGCUGAUGGCAUUGUUUGUGGUAUUCUCACAAAGUAAUGUUCGAAAAGAAAUUAGCGACACUAAUCAUAUUAAACGUUCGGUCAAAUUUUAUUUACCCUGUUUCAUAAUUUAACAGCUAUCAGAAAGGACAUUUCAUUCAAAAAAUAAAAUCCAUACCAUGUAUUUGCAAUGUAAUUUCCAUAUGAUUAAUCAUAUGGAAAUUGCAAAUAUAUGGUAUGGACAUUGGAUUAUCUGAAAGUUUCAACUACAGUCUGUUUCAUCCAACAAUCCUCAGGAUCCAUUUACUGUAAAGCUUUUUUUCAUCGGAUGAAUCAGACUGAUGGAAACUUUGAGGUUAGCGAAAUUGGAUUUCCAUAUUUUAACCAGGAUCCAUAAUUACUAUUUCUAUAGUAAAAAUUUUGAAAACAAUCCUGUUUUUUUGUCACUUUCCUGCAGGCCUCGAAAUAAAUCUGGAUGAAUCUGGAUGUUAUACCGGUCAUUAUGACCGGUGGAUCACUAAAUUUACUGGUCACAGAGGAAUUUAUGCCGGUCAUUGUCACUCCUUAGCUUUUUUUCCCCUCAUCUUUCGCGUGACUCGUAACUUUAGAAACAACUGUGUAUUUUAUUUGUAUUUGCAUACAAAGUAGAAGUAUGGCGUUUAUCAAAGCUGUAGUAGUAACAUUAAUUACUAACAUUGUUUACUAGCAAAUUAAUAUAUUAAAUCGCUAAUGACAACUGUAGUUUGAGUUGUGAGCAUGCUUUAAUUAGGCUGCAUUCCAGUUACGCGUUUUUCAUACGUACGUACACGCACGUAAAAGUUGAAAUCGCUUUACAUCCUACUUAUGAAAUAACUAAAUUUAUAAAAGGACAGCAUUCAGUUUUGUGUAUGAUUUAAUGUGUAUUUGUUAAGGUUAUUUGCACUUAUAUGAAAUUUUAAAAGAUUUAAACUUUUCCGUCGCACGUGUGAAAAACGCGUAACUGGAAAACAGCCCUUUAAUAGGCACAAUGCUUGCGGUCAGUAUCGUAUCUGUAUGGCAAAAUGUGUCACUUCUCCGCCCUUAUUAGCAUGCACCGUAGACGGACGUACACUUCUUUGGAAAAUUGGAAAUCAAAAAUCUGCUCCAUUUUUGAACGUACUUUUUUAUUAAAAAAUUUACCGGUCACGCAUGUCCGCCAGGCGAUAGUAUUUUCCGGUCAAACUGUGAAAUUUUACCGGUCAGUGACCGGUGACCGGCACUUAUUUCGAGGCCUGCUUUCCUCUAGGUAAAGUGAGAGCAAGGUAAAAUGUAAGUUAAUUAAGCUGUAAAGAACCGUUUCCAAAAUUGUAUUUUUCUUUAUAGGCAAGGCGAAAUCGACGUUCCUGGCUGCAAAAAAUUGUUAGGUAACGAUCAAAUAUGCAUGUAUAUAAGGUGUAAAGCAAUACGCCUUUCCUUUUGUAAUAUCCUAUAAUUAGAACAGCAUACUUUUUCUCCUGGGGCCGCGGUUGUUCAAAGCACGAUUAGAGCUAACCUUGGGUUAAAUUUAACUCAUUGCUUUGAUUUACAUAUUUCUGUACGUCUGUUUAUUUCAAAACGUUAGAAAAUUAAAUUUCUGAUGAUCCAGACAAGUUUCUGAAAAAAUAUUUCCAAGUUUAUAAAUAAGCUGCUGGCCAGUAUGCUUUGAAUUUCACAUUAACCCUGGGUUUAGCUAUAACCGGUUUUUGAACAAGAGACUUCCAUGCGCUCAUGUGAACCCAUUAAAUUUUGCAUGUAAUCAUAGAAAUGGUCUCAUUCCUUUUCCUUUUGUUACAGGCAUCAUCAAGCCACUUCCUGUGACAUUUCAUCGAGGUAAAAAAUUUGUGUUGACUUUUCAAUAAAUAUAGAAAACAGACCUUAUGCACAAUGACGUCACAAGGCUUGAUGCCCGCGAGGAAUGCUGGUCUUAACAUUUCGAUAGUGGCCAUUUUGAAUUUUUUAAUUUUCCAGGGCGAUGACUACUAAGACCAGCAUUCCUGGCGGGCAUUAAGCCUUGUGACGUCAUUAUGCAUAAGGUCUAUUGACCAAUAUGAAUGCAAUCUCCGAAGAAAUUACCUUCACGAAUCAACUUUUCGUAACUCCAGUCUAGCGCUUUUAUUAGGUAUCGCAACAUGCAACUGUUGAUAUGCUCGACGAAUCACGUCUCGCGGGCAACAAAGUGGAGUACGCAAAAUUAAUAACAUUUUCUAUUCCGUCAAAAAAAAUGCAUUACUGAAGGUGGUAAAGGUACAUAUAAUGAUGGACUUCUGUGUUGUGAAACGUGAUUUACAUCCCUAUACAUGAGCCGUGAUUGCCGGUAAUUUUUGUCUAUGAAAUGAGAAUUUACUGCGACCAGUAAAACAAAGACUGGGCGAGUACGCCGAGUAGAACUUCAAUUAUGUAUUUUAUUUGAUUUAUCGGUUGGUUUUUAACAUGUUUCAGUGGUAUGCUUUUCUUGCUGAAGUUUUGCCAACUUCAAAGUACGGUAAAAAGGUUUAAGAAAGGCAUGAUAUACUCAAUUUUAAAACUGUGUCUUUAAUUUUUGUGAAAUGACCAUAUUUUGCAUGCAUGUGAAACGUGAACUGCCUGUUUUACCCGAACGUGAACUGCCUGUUUUACAAUGCUCUCCUGAAAUUUGCUACUUUUGGGCUGAAAGUCCGUUAACAUGGGUCUUUCUUAGGAUAAUUAAAGUCAAAAUUUGUCUUUUUCUGGCCAUUUUAAAAAUUACGCUUCACAACAACAUUGAACUCGUUAUACAUUUGUUUGUACGCCGUUCACAAGUUCAUUUUGCAGCAGAUUGUAACUUUUCAUCCAAUAGCGAAAUAUUUUAUAAUAUUUCUUUCCAUUGUACAAUCUUUGAGCAUGUAUAAAGUGACUGUUUUAUUCGCCCAAUUUUUUUCAAAUUUCGGAAAACGCUUUGUAGAUUGCGUGAUAAUAUAUAAGUGUUAAUUCACCUUAAUUCCAUCCCCUACAGCAUUUGACAUGGUUCCUGAUCAGAGUGCUGCUUUAGAAGUCAUAAUAAACUUGGGGUUUGAUCGUAUUCUCACAAGUGGUGGAAAACCCGACGUACUCCAGGGAGCACCCCGUUUAAAAGAUCUUGUGAAUCAGGUAUUAAAAAUUGCCAGGGUUUUAAUGUGUAUUUACAUAGUCGAUACUAUAGAAAGGUUUGAUUGGAUUUGGGUUUGGCUACUGGUAAUGAGUUAAGGUGUAUGGUGUUAAGGUUAGGUAGGGGGUUAUGGUCGGCUUUAGGGCUGGAAUUUAAGGCUAUCGAGUGGAGUUAUGGCCAUGUAGCGAAGUAGCUAGUAUAUUUAGCUAUACGCAGCCAAAUUGGUAGCAAAUCACAGCUUGGUGUGGUAGGGUAUUCUAUAGUAACUGUUAUGCCUGAACAUAUUUGCAAGGUAGAAUACAUUCAUUUUUGUUGCAGUAAUCUUUGUAUAUAGUAAAACAGGCUUCCAUUUUCCCCCAUGGUUUUAUUAUGCAAAUUUCCCUCAGUUAAAAUGUUGAAUGACAUUCUUGCAGUUUUGUUUCCAACAUAAAUGACAUCAAAAUACAAGGUAAAUUGCAGGAUGUAACAGCGACGUAAGCCAUUAGGUAGCGUCGACAUUGUUUUCCAUAAAACUCAGCGAGAGAUAUUCGCCCAGUGCACUGGUGUUCGAUUUUGCCGCCCGAGCAUAUGCUUUAAUUGAGUGAACCAAUUAGUAAAAAGUCAUUAUAAAAUAUUUUCUCGUUGCGCAGGCUGGAAGACGGAUUAUCAUUAUGCCAGGCAAGUAA